GGGAGGGCUGGAGAGGGUUGGCUGAGUGCCAGUGGGCGUGAAGAUGCUAAUUACUGAACCUGCUCUCUCCUCCCCUUCAGGGUCACUGCUACUACCACGGCCAUGUGCAGGGAUACGCCGGCUCACUGGUCAGUCUCAGCACUUGCUCUGGUCUCAGGGGACUUAUCAUGUUUGACAAUAAAACCUACAUCCUGGAACCGGUGACGAAUUCCACGCGUGGCUACAAGCUAACCCCAGCUCAGAGCCUGCAGAGCGUGGGAGGAACCUGUGGGUCGCAUCAGAACUCGUCACACCUCGCUGCCCAGGGCUUGUUCCAGACGCCAGCAAGAAGGCAUAAAAGAGAGACGCUCCGGACGACCAAGUACGUGGAGCUGGUCAUCGUGGCAGACAACCGAGAGUUUCAGAGACAAGGAAAAGAUCUGGAGAAAGUUAAGCAGCGAUUAAUAGAGAUCGCUAACCACGUUGACAAGUUUUACAGGCCGCUGAACAUCCGAGUCGUGCUGGUGGGCGUGGAGGUGUGGAAUGACAUUGACAAAUGCUCCAUAAGCCAGGACCCGUUCACCAGCCUGCACGAGUUCCUGGACUGGAGGAAGAUGAAGCUUUUGCCUCGCAAAUCCCACGACAACGCGCAGCUCAUCAGUGGGGUUUAUUUCCAAGGGACCACCAUCGGCAUGGCACCCAUCAUGAGCAUGUGCACCGCGGAGCAGUCUGGAGGAGUGGUCAUGGACCAUUCAGACAGCCCGGUUGGUGCGGCCGUGACCCUGGCACACGAGCUGGGCCACAACUUCGGGAUGAACCACGACACGCUGGAGCGGGGCUGCAGCUGCAGGACGGCAGCUGACAAAGGCGGCUGCAUCAUGAACCCGUCAACCGGGCAAGUACCACCGCUCCCAGCCACCGCAGGGCUGCGGGCAGCCGCGCCACGCCCUGGGAAACAGCCGCACAAUGCGUCCCCCUGGCUCUCCGGCCAGAGCAUACACGGGACGCUUCCAGAAAGAGAGUGUUCCUCACGCAGCACACGUGGACCGUGCCACUCCAGGAGUCACGGGCAGCUGGGGCGUAAAGCCACACAGGCAGCGUGAGGACUGACCUCUUCCUGGAGCGGAGGUGGGGGAGAGGGGAUGGGUGCUGUUUUGGUUCAGGACUGGCAAAUCCCCCCACCGUCCCGGCACUUGCUGAUUUGUGCCUGCAGCUCUGGUUCUCCAGGCGCUGCCAGCUAAGGGCCUGGCAACCCCUCUGGGCAGGGGUCCUGUGUGCACAGAGGGCGCGGGGUUGGAGGGGCUUCUCCCCUCAGGUGGGCCCGGGGGCGUGGCUGAGGUGUUCUGUGGCUCAGGGUCGGUCCUGUCCCUGUGUCUAACACCAUGUCACCUCAUCAGCUCGGAGAGGUUUCCUGAACUGAUUUUGCAGUAGGUGGGUAUUGAGCCACCUUGCUUGAUGCCUAUUGGAGCCCUAGACUGGGUUCAGCCAGGAAAGAGGACAGCUCCAUCGCUGGAGCGCUCAGAUGAGAUGGGAACAGACGCACCUUGAGCUGGGCAGGUUCGCAUGUGAGCUUGUGCCCCGAACGACCUAUCCCAAGCUGGAAUUUGGUGCCAAUUUCAGAAGAUUCGCGUUAGUAAGGAGAGGUGUGUACUGCGUACUGUGCCAGCUUCGAGUGCACCUCGAGACCUUGCAGACCCUUUGCCUGCCUGGGACUUUCCAGGCCAAGCCUGCUCUCCAGGUCGGCCGCAAGGACACAUCAGGAGUGAGAAGCAUGUGCUGACCACACAGCCCAGAGACCCGGCUCUGUGGGGGCUCGCUGGCAGGGGACAGCGUGGCAGGAGGGGGCCACCUGCUAAAGAGAUUUCGGGGCCCCAGAGGAGAGAAAUUGUGAAAAAAUGUGGCUAUAGCUUUGCAGGCAACAGCCUGGGGGCCUCCUGCCAAGUGGUUUGUAGGGCUUGAGUGGCUCCUAACACAAGGACUGAGCAGAGCCGCUCGUCAGGGCAUGGCCACUUCCCAAGGACUGCUGGGAAAGCAGCGUUCUUGCCCGUUUGCUGCUGCUAUAACCCGAUGCCUGAGCCGGCUAAUCUACAAAGGACAGAGGUUUGCUUAGCUCCUGGUUCUGUGGCGGCUGGGGGUAUAAGAGCCUGUCAUCUUAAGUGAGGCAGCCGCGGGGAGACCGAGCGAGCCGCGAGGGGACAGAGCGAGCCGCGGGGAGACAGAGCGAGCCGCGGGGGGACAGAGCGAGCCGCGGGGGG